AUGCUGGCGGUACUACUGUUGUUUGUUACAGCCUCUUUGGUCUGCGGCGACGAAGAAGCGAUGAAGAAUCUUACCACAGUAACAUGGGCACACGCCGUCAACAACAAAACAUAUCUUGAGGCAACUUUAGCAAGUGAAGUAUCAAUGCUAGAAGCUGACGUCAUACUGGGUCAUUUAAAAGGAAAUGGCGGACCUCCUCUUCCAAUUAUGGCCCACCCUCCCGCAACGACCUCGGAUCUAAGUUUAGCUGAUUUCCUCACAGGAGUAUCUCAAUACAAUAACGUGAAUGCUAAACAGAAAGGAGUCAAACUAGACUUUAAAAGUAUAGAAGCUUUUGAGAAAGCUCAAGAAAUUAUCGCACCGUUUACAAAGCCAGAGGUAACAUUUCCUUUAUGGCUCAAUGCGGACAUUCUUCCCGGGCCCGUAGAAGCUACAACAAAACCAGUCGAUCCAGUCAAGUUCUUACAUCUAGGCAUGAAGCACCCCCGAGCGGUUCUCUCCAUAGGUUGGACUACGAAUUAUGGAGGGAAUAUCACAGAGGGAGAAUACAGCAGAGAACAAAUAGGUGCUAUGCUCCGUUUGGUUAAUGAGCAUCAUGUCAAUCAAACUGUUACUUUCCCUGUACGUGCUGGUCUAGCCUCGAAUAGCCAACCGUAUUUACUUGAUCUUCUAAGAGAGACGGCAAGUUUGAAUUCCUCAAUGACGGUAUGGUCCAGUGAGGGUGACAACGUAGAAGUGGAGAGACUUAGGGCCCUGAUCCUAACGGUAGGGCUCGAGAGGACCUAUUUAGAUGUGCCUAAUGAAUUAGCUGCGAGGUUACAUCUACCAUCCCCAGAUGCUAAAGCU